AUGGUUAAAGCUGUUGUUCUUGGUGCCUCUGGUGGCAUUGGCCAGCCUCUCUCCCUUCUGCUGAAGGCAUCCCCCUUGAUUGACGAGCUUGCCCUAUACGAUGUGGUCAACACCCCCGGUGUUGCUGCUGACCUCUCUCACAUUUCUUCUGUGGCCAAAAUCACCGGCUACCUCCCCAAGGAUGAUGGCCUGAAGCACGCUCUGACUGGCGCUGACAUUGUGGUCAUCCCGGCUGGCAUUCCCCGCAAGCCCGGUAUGACUCGUGAUGACCUUUUCAAGAUUAACGCUGGAAUUGUCCGUGACCUGGUGAAGGGCAUUGCUGAGCACAGCCCCAAGGCGUUCACUCUGGUCAUCUCCAACCCCGUCAACUCCACCGUCCCUAUUGCUGCCGAGGUCCUCAAGGCCGCCGGUGUCUUUGAUCCCAAGCGCCUCUUCGGUGUGACCACUCUGGAUGUGGUUCGUGCCGAGACCUUCACUCAGGAGUUCUCGGGCCACAAGGACCCCUCUAAGGCUACCGUGCCGGUCAUUGGUGGCCACUCCGGCGAGACCAUUGUCCCCUUGUUCAGCAAGGUUUCCCCAAGCUUCGAGAUCCCCGCGGACCGUUAUGAGAAACUGGUCAACCGCGUUCAGUUUGGCGGUGACGAGGUCGUUCAGGCUAAGGAUGGUGCCGGUUCCGCCACCCUAUCCAUGGCCUUUGCUGGCUUCAGAUUUGCCGAGGCUGUGAUCAAGGCUGCCAAGGGUGAGAAGGGCAUUGUCGAGCCUACCUUCGUCUACCUGCCCGGUGUUGCCGGUGGUGAGGCCAUUGCCAAGGCUACUGGCGUUGACUUCUUCUCUACCCCUGUGGAACUAGGCGUCUCUGGCGCUGAGAAGGCCAUCAACAUCCUGGACGGUGUUACCGAGCGGGAGCAAGAGCUUCUCAAGGCCUGUAUUGCCGGACUUAAGGGAAACAUUGAAAAGGGUGUCGAAUUCGCCAAGAACCCACCACCAAAGUAA